AGCAAACGAUUAGUACAGGUCGCGCUAAAAAGCAUCACACAUUGUUUGUGUUUGGUUUUCUUUGUGUGGUGCGGUAAAAAGUGAAAUGUUCUGUAUAAUUUUGUAAAUUCUAUUCAAAACGGAGUAAUUGUAUAUAAUUAAAAACGUGAAAACUUGUAUGAAAAAUUGAAAAUGGCUGAAGCACAUGACGAAAAUUCCAUCAAUACUGAUCUAACAUUUGAAUCGGGUGACGAAAAUGACGAUGUAAUUAGUCUGACGAGCACAAGCAAUACGGACACAACUUCACGCAGCCGUAGCGGAACACCAACCAACAAAGUUGCAAACGGCAACAAAAGAGGCAGGAGAAAGUCCAAAACACCGAAAGUAGUCAAGAGCACGUUUAAAUUCAAAAAUUUUGUGAAGGAAGAUCAUGGUGCGCCAUUAUUUGGCACACAGUUUAAUCAUUUCCUCAAACCAGGUCAGCCGCUAAUUUUUGCAUCGGUCGGUAGCAAUCGAGUUUCUAUUUACCAAUGCUUGAAGGACGGUGGACUGCAAUUGGAGCAGUGUUAUUCUGAUCCAGAUUCAACAGAAAAUUUCUAUACAUGUUGCUGGUCCCAACUAACCGAGGGAAAUGUUACGUAUCCGGUAUUGGCAGCCGCUGGAUACCGUGGUGUUAUUCGAUGUUUCAAUGUGACCACAAUGACCUGUAAUAAACAUUACAUUGGACAUGGUCAUGCGAUCAACGAGCUCAAAUUUCAUCCAAAAAGGCCACAUCUACUGCUAUCGGCAAGCAAAGAUCAUUCACUUCGCUUAUGGAAUAUUAAAACAGAUGUAUGUGUUGCCAUUUUUGGUGGCGUUGAAGGUCAUCGAGAUGAGGUAUUAAGUGCUGAUUUUGAUAUGCGCGGCAAUCGUAUCAUGUCAUCGGGAAUGGACCAUUCUUUAAAACUGUGGCGCUUGGAUAAACCUGAAAUCAAAGAGGCCAUAGAGAACAGCAACACAUUCAAUGUGAAUAAAAGUGAACGUCCAUUCAAAACAGUCAACGAACACUUUCCCGACUAUUCCACACGGGAAAUUCAUCGCAAUUAUGUGGAUUGUGUGCGCUGGAUUGGAGAUUUCGUCAUGUCAAAGUCAUGCGAAAACUCGAUUGUGUGCUGGAAACCUGGUCGUUUGAAUGACACCAGCAAUGAGUUCAAACACGGCGAUUCGACUGCAUCAAUUUUACACCGUUUCGAGUACAAAGAAUGUGAAAUUUGGUUCAUCCGUUUUGCCCUGGACCAUCAUUGCAAAUUCAUGGCUCUGGGCAACCAGUGCGGAAAGGUAUUCCUCUGGGAUAUCAAUACUCUAGAUCCGACUCUGAUACGAGCAGCAACUCUGACACAUCCGAAGUGCACAUCGCCAAUACGACAAACUACUUUUUCGCGUGACGGCAGCAUUUUAAUAUGUGUUUGCGAUGACGGUACAAUUUUCCGAUGGGACCGUGAAAAUAAAUAUUGACCUAUAUCUAUUAUUUAUCACUCAUUUCUAUUCCUUUUUUCACAUUGUUUUUGUAACUUAUACUUGUAUGUUCAUCCAUUUUUGGUUCAUAUAAAUUUAUAUGAAGUCAAGCAUAUUCAUCAAACCGAAUCUUUAAGUCUCAUUGAAAUAAAGUUUUAAAAAGCUUGUAGUUUUGAA